UUUCGGCUAAAUUGACAUUGUUUUCCUCAACUGAAGAAGUAGCAUCGCUGAUCUUUGAUCCUGCAUUUAAUGGACGCCUGUUAUUGGUUACGUGGAUGUAGCAAGAUUUAAUGUCGGCCUGGCCAGCCAACUAUAUUGCUAGAGGGGUCAAAGUAGCUCACACGGAUCUUUGAUAUGAGAUUAAUAAUUAACUUCACAAAUGGGUGGGUUUUUUGCCAUGGACACUUCUGCUCACAAAACGGGAUAAAAACAGUCAUUUCAGUUAAGUAAGUAAAGUUUGACCGCACUUCUCGCAGAGAAUAGUUAAAUACUGUAAAACUCAAUUUACUAUUCAUUCAACCUUUGAGUGACUAUGGAACAGCGCAGGUGACAGCGAAGUCUGCAGAUAACAGACAUGAAAAAACGCCCCUCACAGUUCACGCUCUUGUCACUUCCUUGUUGCUGUGUUGAUUUUUUCAGCUCGCACAUCAGUGUUUCAUUUCAUCUGUUCUUUCUGCUGAUACGGGCAACAUGUGGAGCUUAGAACAGAGGAAAAAAUACUCCAACUCCAAUUAUAUCAUGCAAGAGACAUCGCAGUAUCAUGUUGAGCAUCUCUCCACGUUCAUUAUGGACAAGACAGAGUUCAUUGCCACAGUGGACGAUGCCGUGAAGAAACUGGCGCUUCUGGACUCAAAAGACAAAAUCUGGACCCAGGAGAUGCUCCUGCAGGUCACAGACAAGGCCGUCAGGCUGCUGGACUGUGACACACAGGAAGAGUUGGAGAACUUCCCUCUCCCCACAAUCCACAUGAGUCAGGCGGUCCUGAAUCAGACGCGUUACCCCUCCGUCCUCCUGCUGGUUUGUCAGGACAAGGAUCAGCACAAACCCGACAUCCACUUCUUCCACUGCGACGAAGUGGGGGCUGAGAUGAUCCAUGCAGAUAUAGACAGUGCCAUUGGAGACAACAAGCAUGGAAAGAAAAUGAGGCUUCAGACUCUGAAGGUGAACCAGGAGAAAAUGAAGCGUCACAGAGAAACUAUCCUUCCCCCCUCGGCCCCCAGGAGCCCCCCGCCUGCUGCGAAGGGACGCGUGGCAGCCGUGAACACACAGGAUCCACGAGCCUCCAGACAAAAUGACGCAGAGUCACACGAAAAGCUAACCCAGCACAUUGAGAUGGACGUGCAAAUCCUCAACUGUUCCCUGGAUGACAUUGAGAUUUUUGUGGCGCGGCUGCAAAAGGCAUUGGAUGCCUUUACUCAGCUCAACCACCGCAACAAGAGUAAGAAGAAUAAGAAGAAAGGACCAGCAGAGGGCAUGCUGACCCUGCGAGCCAAGCCCCCCACCGAAGCAGAGUUCAUCGAUAGCCUGCAGAAACUCAAGCUGGCCCUCAACCUCUUGGCCAAACUGAAGAAACACAUACACAAUCCAAGUGCGUCUGAGCUGGUUCAUUUCCUCUUCGGCCCCCUGGAGCUGGUGCUGCAGAGCUGUGGGAGUCCUGAACUUGCGCGUUCGGUAAUCUCCCCUCAUCUCUCCAAAGACACGGUGGACUUCCUGCGGGGACACCUCAGCCCCAAAGAGAUGACCAUCUUUGAGCUGCUGGGGGAUGGAUGGACCAAACCCAGAGCGGAGUGGCCCAGGGAUCAAUGUGCGCCUCCUUAUCACCCUAAGUUUCGUAACGGCUGGGAGCCGCCAUUGGAGCUCCUCAGGACAGCUGCGUGGGAAACAGAGGGAGCAACGGGGCACCCGGGGCUACCGGGGCCACCGGGGCAUCCGGGGCCUCCGGGGCCCCCCACCAGCCCCGAUUACAGAAAACAUUCAGCUGAAGAUUAUUAUGGAACACACUCCUCAAACUCGUCAAAUGGGUCUUACAACGGGGCGCCCCCCACUCGCAAAUAUGCCAAAAUACGCUACCACUUCGUAGCACGGAAUGCCAACGAGCUGUCGGUGCUGCAGGAUGAAAUCCUUGAGGUGAUAGAGGAUGACAAACAGUGGUGGAAACUCCGUAACCGCAGCGGUCAAGCCGGCUACGUCCCGCUUAACAUCCUGGACGUGGUGAAGAUCGAGGAGCCGGAAGCCCCCCACAACCAGCCAGGCUACAGUCCGUCAUCGCCUGGUCCUCUGAGCCAUAGAGACAGCUUCAGCAAGACCAGGCCCAAGGACAAGAUGAUGGACGAGGUCAACAGUGAGUUAUUGAUGAUGAUCACCGCAAACAAAAGCCAGCCGGCGGCCAGGAAGUUCCGCGUGGAGCGAUCGGCCAGCAGCCAAGUCCCGCUCGCCUUCGACUCAAACCCAGAGCAGGUGACCGCAUGGCUCAGCUCAAAAGGUUUCUCCAAACCGACCGCAGACUGUUUGGGGAUCCUGACUGGAGCUCAGCUCUUUUCUCUCAACAAAGAGGAACUGAAGGCGGUGUGCGGAGAAGAAGGUGGUCGUGUCUAUUGUCAGGUCACCCUGCAGAAAACCCAGCUGGAGAAGACCAAAGGGGACUCCGAACUGCAGGAGAUCAUGAAGCGGCGGCAGGAGAGGAUCGACUCGGGCAACGCGGACUGAACCUGCUGCUCCAGCAGCGGCUUCAAUCAAUCUUCUGCUAAUUAUGACCCACAAGGGGGGGGGGGGGGGGCGGAAUGAGAUGUGGUAUACAUCUUUAAUUCUAUAUUUAUUUUGUAUCAUACAACAUGUAUGUUUUCCAGUGUUUUCUUAUCUAAUUAUGUUGCUUUUGUUUUCAUUGCCUCGUUCCAUUUUCUUUUCGUAUGAACAGAGGAACAUAUGAAUCUACGCACGGUUGGCGGUGUGUUUGUGGGAGCAUGUGUAAGCACAACAUGCAUGUAAUGUACAUAUGUGUACCAGCGGUGUGGUCAAUGUUUAUGCUCAUUGGCAAUAUCCCAGCCGUUUACUGAAUGAUUCAAAUAAAUAAGCAGAUCGUAUCUCUCACAUAUCUAAAUCUGUGCCAGAAUGUUUGACACAUUUUCUGAUAUAUAGCCAAUUGUUUUCAUAGUACUGUUUACAAGUAUAACAAAUAAUAAAACACACUAUGUAUGUCAGAAGUAGUCUUAUCCCGUUGGUAACUGCAGAUCAGCACUAGGUAUUAACAUGAAUAAUGUCGCUGUUCAUAUAAUGAUUAUUGCAUGGUUAUCGUCAGUAACAGUGAGACGCUGUGGUCAAUGCGUCUUUAUGCAGCAUGAUGUAAACUGCAGGGACACGGGAAUAAUGAAUAUGUGUAAUAAUGUCAUAUAUAGUAAUUAAGAUUAAGAUUAAUAUUGUAAAUAUAUGAUGUUAAAGAUGUUUAAAAACAAUAUUAUGAAAAAUUAAAAGAAUUUGGCAAAUG